AUGAAGCUAUCAAAAGAAGUUUCUCCAUCUCCAGUCCUAUCAAGGGAAGCAGGUCAUACGCCAAAACGUUCCAAGGAAUCACUUAGCAUUAGAAAACGGUGGAAGGAAAUAUCUCCAAAGUACUCGAAGGAAAGUGGAACUCCGAAGCAUUCCAAGGAAUCUUCGUCGCUUUUGUCCCAUAAGAGAUUCAGCAAAGAAGGGUUGGAAGAAAGUAAAUCCUCUCUGCAAAGAAAAAUUAAAAGAUUUGCUUCUUUGACAGGAUUUAAGUCACAGAAAACACAAGCAGACAAACGCGAGGAGUCGUUCAAGUCAGAACGAUCGGGAAAAGCAGGACUAAUGCGCGGAACCUCUCCUGGCUGGAAACGCAAACGUAAAAGUUUUUCCAAAUACCUCGACCGUUUUUCAUACUUCAAACAUAUAGAUGAAGAGAAACGAACGAACACCCCCUCAAGAAGAAGAAAACUUGUAUGGGGCCUUCGCAAAAAGGAGUCGCAGAAGAUUCCAGUGCGUGAAGUCGAGGCUGUCGUACCCCCAAGAUUAAGUGAUAUAAGCCAUGCGCAUUGUGAAAUUGUUGAUGUACAAGAACUACAGCAUAAGAUCAAAGUUCGUCGGAAACAGUUACGUAUGAUCUCCGAUAUCAUGUGCUGCGUCAGCAUCACGGCCAUCAUUUUGAGUUUGACAAUAGCAUUAUUUGGGUUCUCAGCAUGCUAUAUCGCACAUAUAGAAUACACUGUGCAAAAGGCCGCCGCUAUGCAAAUGGGAAAACAAUGGAAAUCACAGUGCGGAAGGAAAAAGUUACAAAGAAUGAUUUACAAUAAUCUUUACGAAGAAACAAAUUGUUCAUUACCGUCAAUCGAAUUUGCUCAAUGGACAAACUGGUCAAAAUGUUUGAAAGGCAGUGUAUAA